AUGAAUAUCAGUACCUGGAAUGUGAGGGGAUUGAAUGAUCCCAUUAAAGUAGUUGAAAUAAAGAAGUUAUUGGCUAGUAAUAACAUUAGUGUUGUAGCUUUGUUAGAAACUAAAGUUCAGGAGAAGAAUAUUCAACUUCUUCACAAAACUGAGUUCUGUGUCCACUAUAAUGUUACUAUAAAGAAUGGCCUGUUUAGUACUACCUUUUCAGCUGUGUAUGGUUUACACUCUGUUGAUAUUAGAAGACCUAUGUGGAGAGACAUUACUAACUUUAGUAGUACUGUUACUUGUCCUUGGCUAGCCAUGGGUGAUUUGAAUGCAGUUUUAUUAGUUGCUGAUAGGGGUUGGCUGAGCUUAAAAGUUGUGGGAGUUACUACUUACUACUCUUGGAGCAAUAAGGGGCAAGGUAAUUUGAGAAUAUGUUCCAGAAUAGAUAGAGCUAUUGCCAAUGCACUGUGGCAUUCUAAGUUUGUUGAUGCUGUGGUGGAUUACUUGCCUCCAGGCAUCUCUGAUCACUCCCCUCUAUUUAUGUCUUGUAAUAUUCACCUGGGAGGAGGUAGUAGACCUUUUAAAUUUUUUAACUAUAUGGCAGAUCAUGCUAAAUUUCUUGAUGUGGUUAAAAAGGGAUGGGAUGUGUCCUGUCCAAGGAGUGGUUCCAUGCUGAAGGUAUGGACUAAGCUUAAAGCAGUAAAGCAAGGAUUGAAGGAGCUUCAUCACAAAGAUUUUGCUAAGUUUGAUGAGAGAAUUGAGGGGUUAAGGGCUGAUUUGGGUCAAAUUCAGACUCAGUUAGCAGCUUGCCCUACUGAUAGUAAUGUGCAACAAAGUGAGAGGGAGUGUAGUGAGGCCCUUAAGAAGUUCUUGCACAUUCAGGAAAGUGCAUAUAGACAGAAAGCAAGAAUUCAGUGGUUGCAAGUAGGAGAUUCUAAUUCUAAGUUCUUUUUUAGUGCAAUGAAGGAGAGGAUAGCUAGGAAUAGUAUUGAUAUCUUAUAUGAUGAUUCAAGAAAGAAGCUAAGCACUACUCAGGAAAUUCAGGAGGAAGUUAGCUCUUUCUAUAAGCAAUUGAUUGGUACUGCAGCUAGCUCCUUGAUUGGUGUGGAUGUUGGGGUGGUUAGGAAAGGGAAACAACUUUCUGCUUCUGAUGCAGAAAUGUUGGUGGUUCCUAUCUCAGAUGCAGAAAUUGAUGCAACGAUUAAAGGUAUUGAUAUUAAUAAGGCUCCUGGACUUGAUGGUUUCAAUAGUCUGUUUUUCCUUAAAGCUUGGGGGAUUGUGAAAGCAGAUAUUUAUGAAGCAGUGAAAGAGUUUUUCAGAACUGGAGUGAUGCUGAAGCAAGUGAACAACACUUCAGUUACUCUUGUACCUAAGAUUUAG